AUGAAUGGGUUGGUAUUAGGCGCUACAGGUUUAUGCGGAGGCGGGUUUCUGAGGCACGCACAGGAGGCACCCCAGUUCUCUAAGGUAUACGCGAUCUUGAGAAGGGAAUUGCCCUUUCCGGCCACUGAUAAAGUUGUGGCCAUAGUAGAAAGGGAUAAUUCAAAGUGGUCACAAUUGAUCACCAAUGAAAUGAAUCCGCAGGUGCUAUUCACCGCACUGGCAACGACAAGGGCAGCUGCAGGCGGUUUGGACAAGCAAUACAAGAUCGAUCAUGAUUUAAACUUACAAUUGGCCCAGGCUGCCAAGGAAAAAGGAUGUGAAACGAUCGUUCUCGUUUCUUCCGCUGGUGCUCAUCCGGACUCCAGGUUCGGCUACAUGAAGAUGAAGGGCGAGAUUGAACGCGAUGUUAUCGCUCUUGAUUUUAAGCACAUUAUAAUUUUGCGCCCAGGCCCUCUCCUUGGUGAACGGACAAAUUCUAAACAAAGCGGAUUUGGCGGCAAUCUGACUGCUGCUUUGGGCACUCGCGUGUACCGUUCUAGAUUCCAGAGGUUGCUAGGCUAUCCAGUUUAUGGCGAUGAGGUAGGAAAAGUUGGUGUUCAUUUGGCGUUGAAUACUUCUGGGAAAGACAAGGUUCAGUUUGUCUCCAGCAAGGACAUUCUUGACAUCUCAGCUUCUCUGGAGAAGAUUGCUACCUAA